CCUGCCCAGGGCGCGCUCCAUCACGGCCAACCAGCACCGACGACGACAGCUCUCACGACCCCGGCCCAGCCUUUCGAGUUCAGACGACAACUCACUCAACGUCCGAAUCAGCCACAGCUGCCACCCUGCCCGGCCUUGCACGCAAGGACGACUCUUCUGCAUUCAACGCAGCCAUUGAUCGCGACGCCCUCCAGCCAAAAUACCAUCCAGCAUGACUUCACAUCACUACAGCAAUCCCUCGAUCGAGGAUGACGACGAUCUCAUUGACCCUGAUGAUGCCGACCUCAACGACUUCGACGACCCGAUCGGCAACAGCUCCCAACGUCAACCCCUGACCGGCAACAUGGCCUCGGGCUCGUCGUCAUCGAACUCACGCCCGCUCGACCAGGGAUACCUGACCUCUCGGAUCCCGGGCGAGGACCGGCGCGCGCCGCAGAACACCAUCGACGAAACGGUCUGGGAGACGCUGCGGCGGGACCUGCUCGCCGUUUGGUCCAAGAUGCGCGAGGUGCUGUACCCCAAGUACCUCCUGGGCGGCACCAUGUUCGAGUCGCCCGACUCCCUGCGCGGGGUGUACGCCAACUUGCGCUCGGGCGGCUUCAGCGGCGCGCGCGAGGAGCUCGUCGGCUUGGCGGGCCGCGUGAUGGACCCGGAGAGCCUGCUCAACCAGAACAACAUGAGCCCCGGCCUGCGGGACUGGGAUCUCUGGGGGCCCCUCAUCUUCUGCCUGCUGCUCAGCUUCUUCUUGAGCCUGAGGGCCCAGGACAAUCAGAAGGAUGUCGUGUUCAGUGGCGUGUUUGCCAUGAUUUGGAUCGGCGAGGCCGUGGUUACGCUGCAGAUCAAGCUGCUCGGCGGGAACAUAUCCUUUGCCCAGAGCAUAUGCAUCAUUGGUUACACCCUAUUCCCCUUGGUUCUCGCGUCGCUCAUGUCCGCCCUGGGCCUGCCCGUCAUCCCCCGGAUCCCCGUAUAUCUUGUCCUGGUUGCGUGGUCGCUCGCCGCGGGCGUGAGUAUCCUGGGAGGCAGCGGCGUGGUGCAGAAUCGCGUCGGCAUCGCUGUUUACCCCCUGCUCGUGUUCUACCUCGGGCUGGGAUGCUUGUGCUUCAUCAGCUAGAGCUGCGGCUGGCUGGACGUUUUGAGGAUGGUCAGAUGACAGAGGACUUUGGUGAAUCCGGGUCUGGGUGAGAGAACCAUCUUGAGGUGCAUGCCGAUGCUCUUGACAAGAUGAAAACAAGGCGCACGUUUUUUUUUCCACUGAAGAAGCGAUUCAUUUUACCGCAAUGCCAGACAUUGUGCUUGAGAAAUAUGUAAAACACGGCUCGUGCUAUGUUGCAACUCGUUAUGGCUCUUCUCAUGGUGUUUUUGGAAAAUGCGCACAAAUUCACGGCGUAGAUUGCCUAUGAUCUUGGUGAUUUGUACCGAGAUUCUCAUAGGAGAUAUCCUGAAUGUGAACCU